UUAGAUAUCGAUGAGUGUGUGGCAGAUACACACAACUGCAGUUCUGAUGCAUUUUGUAAUAACACCCACGGAUCCUUCAAUUGCACAUGUAAACCUGGAUUUACAGGAGAUGGAGAAAACUGCACAGGUAGUAUUUACAGUGCUAAGUCUCUUCUCUUAUGGUAGCAGAAACUUUAUCACUUCUCUUUUAUUCACUCCCCCUGAUACAACUUGCUUCUUAAAGCAAUGCAACGACAGAGGUGGAUCCAGGGAAAGUGGAUUGGGAGGCUUCCUAUCCCGCCAUUUUUAGCUGACUUACUUAUUCGUUAGAACAGUUCAAUUGGCAGUUUAUUCCCGUAUUAUGGGUGAUAUCGUGUACAGCCGGGGAGAGAACACAUUUUUGAAAUGUAAUCAUUUCUAAUUUUUUGUGGCGCUAUAAGAAUUUGUGGUGUUACAGGUUCCUAUUCAUCUUUACUCGAUUGAAACGUUUUGGGGACGCCAUAGGAUAACUUUCCGGUAUCACCCACUCCCUCUUAGCUCAUAAAAUCCUGCCGCCCAACUGAACGAACGCCCAGUGACGGGUAAGGGAAAUCAUCACACAGCGUACUAAUAAGCUUACUAUUUGUGGUGUUCAACAAUGUAUUAUUUCAGACAUCGACGAGUGUGAAGCAGGCACUCACGGGUGCGGUUCUGAUGCCAUUUGUAAAAACAACCACGGAUCCUUCAAUUGCACAUGUAAACCUAGAUAUAACGAAGAUGGAAAAAAAUGCACAGGUAGUAUUCAUUUAAUGCCUGGUCUGCUUGCAUGGCAUCAACAGCAAGAGUGUUUGUUUGAUUUAUUCUUUUUUUAAACAACUUACUUCGUCUCUAGCUAUAAAAGAACGUCAGACAGCUAAUAGGCCGUAUUAUCACGGGGGUCAAAAAUGAAAUGCCACAAGUGAAAAAUCUUGUUACUAACAGUAAUGUGGCAUAUUUUAUACAACUAUUGUCUGACCUCGUGUUGAGCAAUUUAUAAACCCAACCUUCUCAUAUCAAUAUCAUAUAGACGGGUUAAUCGUAAGGCAAAUUUAUUGCAUUAUUCGUGGACAAACACUGUCGAUGUUUCGUAGGUUCAUGUUGAACAUAUAAUGAGUAUAAAUGUAAAACCUCUCAAUUUUCUUGUUGAGAAGUUGCCUUUUUAUUUGCUUUCCGUUAUUUGCAUUCACUUAAUUGUUGGCACUAUUUAUUUUUCCUGGUAAACAAAUUUGAGAAAAUUGAUAGUUUUUGUCGUUGUAUGAUUUCACACGCCGCUUAAACCCUUUUCUUUUGUCACUUUACAGUAAAAUUACUGAAUACACCCAAUUUUAAAUAAAAAAAAUUUUAUAAGAACAACGAUCGAGGCUCAAAUUUACACAAAAAUUGAGAGCAUCAGGAUGCAAGUGUAAUAAUUUUAUUAAUUGACAAGCAAAACACAUCAGUUCAUGGUUCAACGGGUGCAAAUGCAUUGCAGGUUUUUAUUGGGUAAAAACAACGAUGUAUCUGCGGUAAAAUAUUCCAAAUUUAUGUUUCUAGAAGUUUCAAAAGCAAAGUCAAAACGCUUCUCGUUCUCCACCCCUGGUCGAUGCUAAAAAAGAACGAAAGAACAAUUCAUGCUCAAUUUGUGCUAAAAAUCUUCAAAACUGUUUCAGCCUCGACCGAAAUCGACUGGUUCUAAUAUUUAAAAAAGAAGUUCGCUGGUUGAUCGAAAUAAAUGAUUUGAUCUUCCGUGGAAAAACCAUGAUAAUUCUUCUUCUUUCGAAACACUGUUCCUAAAAACUUUCGCGCGCAAACCGCUUUCAAUUCUCGAGUCUCAAGCAUUCAUUCUUUGUUAUAAAGGACAAAAAAGGUUGUCAGGCUUAGUCACAUAUCUAUAGUGUUUUGUAGGAUAAAUUUGCAACCAAAUUUUCGAUUCCGUUCAAAUUCUUGCAAACAAUGAAUCUAUAUGCGCGAUCAGCUAGGAGAAAGCUAAUCACAUGUAAUCUAAUGUAACCGUUAAACUUGAACUCUGCAACUCGCUUGGCUAGCGGACUAGCGGGAAAGGAACUCGUCACUGUUCCAAGGUACUAGGAUCUGCUACAACUGGAAACAGGACAGCACUCAAGCUUGGACUUCAACAGUUUAAUCUUCAGUUCGUGGGCGUAAAUCAUACAUACAUUUGCAUCCAAAAUGUAAAUCGUACAAGCAUGUAAAUCCGCAAUGUAAAUCGAAAAAGAGGAAUAACAGUGCUCUAUUCAUACUAACCUAUCAACUUAUUACAACAUUACAAAACAAGUGGAAAGAAGGCUGAAUAAAAUCAGCUGAAAACUGAAAACAAAUCUGGAUAAAGUAAGCUUUAAAGUUCAUAUGUAAACUAAAUGACUCAAAGAUUUAGCAGUAAAGCUGUGCAAAAGAAUUCGAGUUUCCUUUGCUCAGGAUUCCUUAAAAUGUCAAAACUAAAAACUACAAACGAGCUACAAACGGUUGGUGUUUGAACAGGAGAAAGAUCCAGUUGUUCAGUGACUAAGCUGUAUAAUUAUUCAGAAACUAGUUAUCCUUAAAACGUAAACAUUGAAGUAAAAUGUGCAUAAUGUAAGAGAACUAAAACGUCUAUCAAUGCAAAUUCAAUGCAAAUUACGCCUAAGACAACUUCAAAGGGAAUAUUUUAAAAGCUAGAAAUGAAAUUCGAGGCAAAUAAAGAAUACAUGGGAAAUCUCUCCUUACAUUUGCACGCAUGGUUCUGGAUAGGAAAAUUCAAUACAAAGUUCUUGAGAUGGACCCAAAAAAAAAUCUUUACCUUCACAAGACUGCGUUCAGUUUUCCUGCAAAAAUGAAAUUGUUAAGCAACUUGUCAAUGACAAAUGCUAGCUGGUAGAAUCGAAUCUGAUAGGUGAAUCGCGGUGGUUUGCUUUAAUAUGCUAGCGUGUAUUAAAAACGACACAAUAUAUUCUUAAUCAAUUAGUAUAAGACCAGAGAAUUUUACAAGUCAGUCCGUGCUCAGCUUCAUACAUCUGUCGGCUCUUACGAUGAAAAAAAGCUUGUAAAUUCGUGAAUUAGAGGAAUAAGAUUUAGCUUCUAAACUGCUAAAAAUGUCAAAAAAGCGAGAAACACUGCUGUAGCAGUGCCGCUCAAAAUGUUGUUCUUAGUUUUCAUCGCUCACGGAGAACAACGUAAAUUCAAUUCGGAAGCGGGAAAAUAUUUUGUCUAUCGUCCCAGUGGUAACUGUAGUGACGGGAAGGACGUCUGCUGGCACGCGCUUUCAGAAAAAAAUCUCAUUUUAAAAUGGUCGUUUUCUUUAUUGACGCAGGUUUGUCCAAAUAUUCUUCAGCACUCAAUUGCAACGAUCUCAAAACAAAAGUUCCUUCUGCCACGUCGGGUGUCUAUUGGAUUGACCCGGAUGCUGGUUCCCAUAGCAACGCUUUCCAAGCCUAUUGCGACCAACAGACGGACGGAGGAGGUUGGACUUUGGUCUGGAGUUAUACCUUCACAGCUUAUUCAAGUUUCACGUCUCGCGCGAACGCUGUCACUCCACGGCCUACAUGGACAGCCAGCAAUGCUAACACACGAGUGUCCACCACAGUUCCACUGAACGAGACGCAUUACGAAGCCAUGGACUUUGCUUUGUGGCGCACCAUUGGAAAAGAAUUCCUUAUCAAGAGUAACAUCAACAACUGGAUCGCUUGCAAGGAAGGUUCUGGAAGCCUCGUGAUGCAGAAAGUGGGGUUCCUCAGCUGUAAACUGGUCAAACAAAUUCUAGUUUCAGAGCAGUGUGCAGGUGUUGUGCCAAAUUACAUCAGGAUGUACCGUCCCGGUCCUGGACUUUUCAGUGAUAACGCCUAUUAUUACUUCGACGGUAGUACGAGUAGAAAUUGGCCCACACACGAUCCAUGUGGCAGAAACGACGAGAAUCAAGUAAAAGGCGUGGUUAAUCCACAUGGCAAUAUUUUUGUAAAGUGA